GGACUUGUUUCUCUCCGUUCCCCCCAGGCCAAAAUGUCCGUCGUGCGUGUAGCUCUGCUGUUGGCUCUCGGGGCCCUCCUGCCAUUCUCAGUGUCGGAGGAAGUUGUGUGUUACAGUGACUUUGACGAGAGGUCGGGGGGCUGCACUCAGUACCUCGGGGAAGGGGUGAGUGAGGGCGACUGCUGCCUGAAUAUCAAGUACAGCUUCAAGCGGGACCCCGGGGCCCCCUGCGAGUCCUGCCGUCCUGCGGAAUGGAGCGAAUGGAGCCUCUGGAGCCCUUGUACUGUGUCCUGUCUGGAUGGGGUUCAGAGAAGAGAUAGGGUCUGCACAGGUCAAGGGGACUGCCAGGGUAACAAGGUGGAGGUCAGAGCCUGUUCCCUGCAGAACUGCUGCCCAGAGACUGGAGGUUGGUCUUCAUGGUCCGCAUGGACGGUGUGUUCCGUGACCUGCGCAGAGGGAACACAGCAGAGAACCCGCAAAUGCGACAGCCCAAGCCCUCAGUGCGGCGGAUCCUGUGCUGGGAGUUCAGUGGAAAAGGUUAAUUGUAACACCCAGCAGGUUUGCCCCACACACGGGGCCUGGGGCAAUUGGGGUCUGUGGGGUCAAUGCUCUGAAUCCUGCACAACGGAAGGUUCCGGAAUUUUCCCUGUUCAAACUCGCCAGCGCCAGUGCAACAACCCGUCACCCUCCCUCGUGCCACCAGGAAGGCCGUGUGGCCAGGAAUCCCGACAAGUCCAAGACUGCACCUCUCUGCCCUUCUGCCCAGUUGCUGGAGGUUGGGGGGCCUGGCAGCCAGACUCUGAAUGUUCGGUCACGUGCGGCAUUGGACGGAUCAGAGAAAAGCGGCUCUGUGAUUCCCCGGCCCCCAAAUAUGGUGGGAGACAUUGUGAGGGAUCCAACACCCGGCAAUUUAUGUGCAAUACAAAGGUGGGCUGUCCAGUCGAUGGGAAGUGGAGCCAGUGGCAGCCUUGGAGCCCGUGUGCCCGUCUGCAGGAGAAUAUAGCGUGCUCCACCAAAGUGGGGACCCAGAACAGGAAACGGGAGUGCGAAGGAGAGAAAUACGGGGGGAAAUGGUGCGAGUCCCACCACAGGGAGAGCCGCAAUUGUUACAACGUGGACGGGUGUUCCUUGGAUGAAAAGUGGUCAGAGUGGGGCGAGUGGGGCCUGUGCUCCCCUCCUUGUGGCAAAUCAGAGAGAACAAGAGAAAGGGUGUGCCAGCCGGUGUACCCCGACUACCCGGAGACCACCCUCACUCAGACGGGCAAGUUAGUGGACGUGUUUUUCUCUGGGACCCCCCGAGUGCGAUGUGACCCCAUCAACAAGCAGACCAAGAAGGUGGAGGAGAAGGAGGAGUGUAAGAAUGUGAUUGAGUGCUAACUGGCCCGGGACCACCCUUGCACCCUGCCCUCACCCAGCAAGAGGAGAAAUAUGGUGGGGGACAAUGGACUCUGGGAUAUUGAACUCUUUUUGCCCCCCACCCUGGCACUGUUAAUAAAUCCCCCCAGCUGCUGAUUGGUGCUUAUGAGUGCAGAGCAGUAGGAAAGAGAAUGCCAUGACUUCAUAGGUUUAUGUGACAUCAUAAUGUGGGUGGGGAGAGUGUGACCUCACAUCUUUGUUCCAUCUCAUCACCAUGAAGCUACCUAUUGCCUGGGGUGGGGGGAGCAACUGUUCAGCACCCCUCAAUUGCUCUAUGUUACUGGGGAAGGGGUCACUGAUUUGGUCACAACUAUAUGAGAAAUCACUUACUGUAAUAAACAUCUCAUUUGCAUUUUA